AUCUUCACUGGGACCAAUUGUAAAAAACUAAAAAACGUCGUUUUUACAUUUUAAAACGUCCCAUAAAUGUUAUCAGCGUGUAUAAAAUAACACAAAGGGCUGUGUACUCUGAUUAUUAUUGAAUUACAUACAUGAAAUUAAGUUUAACCAACCAAAUGGAAGUAAUAAAACAAGAAAUCAGUGAGGGUGAGGACACAUGUGAAGUAAAAAUAGAGAAUAAUGGAUUGGAUGAUGCUCUUUUGGAUUACUUUAAAUAUGAAAUUAAGGAAGAAUCCAAUUUAGAAAAUGUAGAUUAUACUUCUGAUUGUUUAGCUUUGAACGAACUUCCAGUAAAGACUGAAAUAGAACAAGAUGAAAAGAUACUCAUGUGUUUUAAAGAAAAACAAAAUACCAAAGAAGGUUUUUCUCAGGAAGAGAACAAAACAAAAAUAAUGGAGAUAUUUUUUGAACAUUCAUAUUCAUUCCAUAAAGGACACUAUAUGAGUCGAGACUCAGAAGAGACAACUAUAAAUAAAAAUAUAAAUGUUCAGACUACACAGGGACCUUACAAUUGUGAAAUUUGUUUCAAGAAGUUUUCUACAGCCAGUAAUUUGAAAACACAUUUGAGAGUGCACACUGGGAAAAAAUCUUACAGGUGUGAAAUUUGUUUUAAGAAAUUUAGUCAAGUAGGUAAUUUGAAAAGACAUAUGACAGUGCACACUGGAGAAAAACCGUACAAGUGUGAAAUUUGUUUUAAGAAAUUUGGUCAAGCAGCUAAUUUGAAAACACAUUUGGUAGUGCACACUGGGGAAAAAUCUUACAGGUGUGAAAUUUGUUUUAAGAAAUUUAGUCAAGCAUCUAAUUUGAAAACACAUUUGAGAGCGCACACCGGAGAAAAGCCAUACAAGUGUGAAAUUUGUUUUAAGCGGUUUUCUAUAAGAAUGUAUUUGAAAAAUCAUUUGUUAGUGCACACUGAAGAAAAGCCAUACAAGUGUGAAAUUUGUUUUAAGAAAUUUAUUCUAGCAGGUAGUUUGAAAACACAUUUGAGAGCGCACACCGGAGAAAAGCCAUACAAGUGUGAAAUUUGUUUUAAGCAGUUUUCUAUAAGAAGGUAUUUGAAAAAACAUUUGGUAAUGCACACUGGGGAAAAAUCUUACAGGUGUGAAAUUUGUUGUAAACAGUUUAGCCGAGCAUAUACUUUGAAAACACAUUUGAGAGUGCACACUGAGGAAAAACUUUACCAGUGUGAAAUUUGUUGUAAACAGUUUAGCCGAGCAUAUUCUUUCAAAACACAUUUGAGAGUUCACACUAGUGAAAAGCCUUACAAGUGUGAAAUUUGUUUUAAGCGGUUUUCUAGAGGAAGUAAUUUGAAACAACAUUUGGUAAUGCACACUGGGGAAAAAUCUUACAGGUGUGAAAUUUGUUUUAAGAAAUUUAGUCUAGUAAGUAGUUUGAAAAGACAUGUGAUAGUGCACACUGGAGAAAAACCGUACAAGUGUGAAAUUUGUUUUAAGACAUUUGGUCUAGCAGCUCAAUUGAAAUCACAUUUGGUAGUGCACACUGGGGAAAAAUCUUACAGGUGUGAAAUUUGUUUUAAGAAAUUUAGUCAAGCAGCUUAUUUGAAAACACAUUUGGUAGUACACACUGGCGAAAAAUCUUACAGGUGUGAAAUUUGUUUUAAGCAGUUUUCUAUAAGAAGUAAUUUGAAACAACAUUUGGUAGUGCACACUGAAGAAAAGCCAUACAAGUGUGAAAUUUGUUUUAAGAAAUUUACUCUAGCAGGUAGUUUGAAAACACAUUUGAGAGUGCACACCGGAGAAAAGCCUUACAAGUGUGAAAUUUGUUUUAAGCAGUUUUCUAUAAGUGGUAAUUUGAAAAAACAUUUGGUAGUGCACACUGGGGAAAAAUCUUACAGGUGUGAAAUUUGUUGUAAACAGUUUAGCCUAGCAUAUACUUUGAAAACACAUUUGAGAGUGCACACUGAGGAAAAACUUUACCAGUGUGAAAUUUGUUGUAAACAGUUUAGCCGAGCAUAUUUUUUCAAAACACAUUUGAGAGUUCACACUAGUGAAAAGCCUUACAAGUGUGAAAUUUGUUUUAAGUGGUUUUCUAGAGGAAGUAAUUUGAAACAACAUUUGGUAAUGCACACUGGGGAAAAAUCUUACAGGUGUGAAAUUUGUUUUAAGAAAUUUAGUCGAGUAAGUAGUUUGAAAAGACAUGUGAUAGUGCACACUGGAGAAAAACCGUACAAGUGUGAAAUUUGUUUUAAGACAUUUGGUCUAGCAGCUCAAUUGAAAUCACAUUUGGUAGUGCACACUGGGGAAAAAUCUUAUAGGUGUGAAAUUUGUUUUAAGAAAUUUAGUCAAGCAGGUAAUUUGAAAACACAUUUGAUAGUGCACACUGGCGAAAAAUCUUACAGGUGUGAAAUUUGUUUUAAGCAGUUUUCUAUAAGAAGUAAUUUGAAACAACAUUUGGUAGUGCACACUGAAGAAAAGCCAUACAAGUGUGAAAUUUGUUUUAAGAAAUUUGCUCUAGCAAGUGGUUUGAAAACACAUUUGAGAGUGCACACCGGAGAAAAGCCUUACAAGUGUGAAAUUUGUUUUAAGCAGUUUUCUAUAAGUAGUAAUUUGAAAAAACAUUUGGUAUUGCACACUGGGGAAAAAUCUUACAGGUGUGAAAUUUGUUUUAAGAAAUUUAGUCGAGCAGCUAGUAUGAAAAAACAUUUGACAGUGCACACUGAAGAAAAACCGUACAAGUGUGAAAUUUGUUUUAAGAAAUUUGGCCACGCAGGUGAUUUGAAAACACAUUUGAGAGUGCACACUGGGGAAAAGCCUUACAAGUGUGAAAUUUGUUUUAAGCAGUUUUCUAGAGCAAUUACUUUGAAAAGACAUUUGGAAGAGCACGCGCGGGAUAACUUGAAUUAAAUAAACAAAUUUCGGAAAACAUGGAAUGUCUUCUACUGAGUUUAAAAGUCUAAUAUAGGUCAUUUGUCCAUCUAUGUAAACAAAAAAUCCAAAGAACGAAUUCUGCUUCGCAAUGAUAAAAAGAGCGGUUAAAGAGUGACAUUGCGAUAUACGCUUGACUACCACGAGCUGGUUGUAAGAAGUAAAAGUUAAAUCAAGCGACAGUAAUCAUCAUUCUAUAACUUAAGGCAGGGGCGGCCAUGUAGAGCGAUGUUCCCAAACUUUUUUGGGAAAAUUUGGAAAUGUAUGUAAAAUAAGAAACUUAAAAUGUAUUUUUGUUAGCUGAUAAUAUUGUUUGCCAAUUUUUUGUUUUAUCUAUUUAUUAUUUUGUCUUAGCAAUAAUUAAAAAUAAAAACUUAAAAGUUU